CACUGAACAACAGCUGUAGUGCUGGAGAAAGAGAAGAAACAAGAGGAUUCAGUGCAGGAGAAACUGCAUGACAUGCUAGAGGACAUGAGUGAUCCAGACACCUGCAGAGGGACUGAAGAGGGUCCUGAGCAUCAGACAGAUCUGUUGGAAGUCAUUGAAUUGGAAGGUAUGCCUAAUCAUUUCAUAACCAGAGAAAAAUCGUCACAUGAAAGUGAUUUUUCUCAGAAAAGGCGUUUUCUCCCCUGCCCUCACUGUGAGAAGAGCUUCGUCCGUAAAGGAGAUCUGGACAGACACGUGCGGAUCCACACGGGAGAAAAGCCGUUCACGUGCGUGGAGUGCGGGAAGAGCUUCACACUGGCAGACAGUCUCAGAAAACACCUGCGCUCUCACUCCGGAGUCAGAUCCUUCCACUGCCAUCAGUGUGGAAAGACUUUUAUUUUGCCGUCGCACCUGAAAAGACACAUGCUCAUUCAUGCAGAUUUCAAACCAUACUUGUGUUCUCUGUGCGGAAAGAGCUUUUCUCAGCUGGACUGUUUGAAAAAGCAUCAGAAGACGCACAGCGGAGCGAGACCUCACGGAUGCUUCGAGUGCGGCAACGCUUUUAAUUCAGCCGACGCUUUGAAACGGCACCGCAGGAUUCACACCGGAGAGAAACCGUACACCUGCUGCGAGUGUGGCAAGAGUUUCACUCAGUCCGGACACCUGAGACAACACGAGAGGGUUCAUACGGGACAGAAGCCAUACAUCUGCUCACUUUGUGGAAGGAGUUUUAGCACAGCGAGGAAUCUGCCGGCUCAUAUGAAAAAACAUUCACCUGGAACCUAUCAGAUAAACCAAGAUGAUGAAAACUGAUGCAGUGAGAUCUGCACAAAUCACUGAAAUCACACAGGAUUGUUUUAUAUGUGCUGUAUGUCUGUAAUCGAAGAGCGUUAGAAACUAAGGCAACUGUUACACCAUGCAUGAAAAAAAUAUAUCACAUUAAUAGGUCAGCUUGGUUACUCUAGAGAGAGAAACAUAUUUAAUUUGGCUUUAUUUUCACGAAAGGGGAAAACCAACUUUUCAUUUUUUAGACCCAUUAUAUGGUAGUAUUUCUCUAUUUUAAAUGUAUAAAUUAAUUUAUUUAAAUUUACAGGCCUGAUACUUUAUCAUUAUAACAGAAGUGAAGCUUUCUUAAAGUUUUAGCAAUGUUUAUUCAUGGUUAAAUGUAUAGGAAGUCAGUAAUUAUUUUAACGUUUUUUUAUUUUAUUUUUUUGUGUAUGCAUAAAGUACAAAAAUAGUAACAGUGAAUAAUUUGUAGUGGUGUGAUGAUAAUUGCUGGUCAAGCUCAUUAUUAGAAAUGAGUUUUUUUUAUUGUCAGACCUGUAAUAUUUAACUCCAUACUGUUUGUUUCUUCUGAAAAUAUCUCAAACUGUUUGUA